CAUUGUGCCUACAGUAAAUGAAAUAAAUUAUCUCUUCCUGACACAUCAUUUUUCUGUGCUUUCAUUCUAGCCUCCUUAUCUAUAUACAUAAGAGUUUUUGCUUAGUUUUAUGAUAGUGGAGAAAAAAGGAUUUUAUUUUGUUUCCUCAUUUACAUUGAAGAUUUAUAAACAGUUCACCUAUUGGCUUAGUCAUUGUCUCAUUUAUCCCUUUUAGUGUAUGUAUGCAAAUGUAUAUGUUCAUUCCCUGUUGUUGGACAAUAUAGAUGGUUUCCAGUUUUUCUCCUUGGUAAUAAUGAAGUGACCAUCUUUGUUCUUUUAAAUAAUUUCUUAGGACCAUCUCUGUUCUUUUAAAUAAUUUCUUAGGGUAAGUUACCAAGAUUGGAAUUACUGGGUAAUGUUAAGAUAAAAUUACAGGAUAUAGAUUAAAAACUUUGGCAAUUGUUUUUAUGUUUCAAGUUGACAACCCAAAUCCCAGAUUAAAUAUAGUCUUUGGUCAGAUAACCCUUUGUUUGGAUACUGUUUGGUCAAAAGCAGUCAAAUUCUUGUAGAGUUAUCAUGGAACACAGAGAUAAAUGCAAAAUGCCCCUUGGUUGAGUUUAAAUAUAAGACUUUACCUUGUUCAUCAGUUACUCUGUGUUGUUUGAAGUUUUCAAGUAAAGUGGCAGUAUAAUUUUCAGUUAUAUUUUAUAUAGUAUUUAUACAUACCUGAUUUUGUUGACAAAAAUAUUUUAAGGUGGUAAGAGUUAUAAAAUUAAUAUUAUCUAUGUCAACACUGAACAGUCGUGGUUUCAAAUAAAAACUUUUUUCCCCAACAAAGUCAAUUUUAUAAUUACUGCAAAAACUAAAACUAAGAGGGUAAACAAAACUAAGUAGGUGGUUUGAUAUUUCAGAUGUUCCUAUUUUAUGAGGACAGUUAAAAGUUCUAGUUUUUAACUGUACUUAAUGACACUGAUUCAUUAUAUGAUUUACUUAUGUGCUAGUUUUGUAUUUCAGUCAGCUGUUCUGUUUGUGGUAUAUUUUCAGGUUUAUUCUUAGAAAUCUAUAUAGAGGAGCCCUGGUGGUGUAGUGGUUAAGAGCUCGGCUGCUAACCAAAAGGUCGGCAGUUUAAAUCCACCAGCCGCUCCUUGGAAACCCUAUGGGGCAGUUCUACUCUGUCCUAUAGGGUCGUUAUGAGUUGGAACUGACUGAACGGCGCCUAACAGCAACAACACAGGGUCACUAUGAUUUGGAAUCUGCUCGUUGGCAAUGGGUAUGGAGGAAUCUAAGAAAGAACUGUUAACUAAUGGUGUCUAUGGGCCAAAAGCUUAUGUGGCAACCCAAGGACCUUUAGCAAAUACAGUAAUAGAUUUUUGGAGGAUGAUAUGGGAGUACAAUGUUGUAAUCAUUGUUAUGGCCUGUCGAGAAUUUGAGAUGGGAAGGAAAAAAUGUGAGCGUUACUGGCCUUUGUAUGGAGAAGACCCUAUAACCUUUGCACCAUUUAAAAUUUCUUGUGAAGCUGAACAAGCAAGAACAGACUACUUCAUUAGGACACUGUUACUAGAAUUUCAAAAUGAAUCUCGUAGGCUAUAUCAGUUUCAUUAUGUGAACUGGCCAGACCAUGAUGUUCCAUCAUCAUUUGAUUCUAUUCUGGACAUGAUAAGUUUAAUGAGGAAAUACCAAGAACAUGAAGAUGUGCCUAUUUGUAUUCACUGCAGUGCAGGUUGUGGAAGAACAGGUGCCAUUUGUGCCAUAGAUUAUACAUGGAAUUUACUAAAAGCUGGGAAAAUACCAGAGGAGUUUAAUGUAUUUAAUUUAAUACAAGAAAUGAGAACACAAAGGCAUUCUGCAGUACAAACAAAGGAGCAAUAUGAGCUUGUUCAUAGAGCUAUAGCCCAACUGUUUGAAAAACAGCUACAACUAUAUGAAAUUCAUGGAGCCCAGAAAAUUGCAGAUGGAGUGAAUGAAAUUAACAUUGAAAAUAUGGUUAGUUCCAUAGAUCCUGAAAAACAAGAUUCUCCUCCUCCAAAACCACCAAGGACCCGCAGUUGCCUUGUUGAAGGGGAUGCUAAGGAAGAAAUACUGCAGCCGCCAGAACCUCACCCAGUGCCACCCAUCUUGACACCUUCUCCCCCUUCAGCUUUUCCGACAGUCACUACAGUGUGGCAGGACAAUGACAGAUAUCAUCCAAAACCAGUGUUGCACAUGGUUUCAUCGGAACAACAUUCAACAGAUCUUAACAGAAACUAUAAUAAAUCACCAGAACUUCCAGGGAAAAAUGAGUCAACUAUUGAACAGACAGAGAGAAAAUUGGAGCGAAAUUUAAGCUUUGAAAUUAAGAAGGUGCCUCUCCAAGAGGGACCAAAAAGCUUUGAUGGGAACACACUCUUGAAUAGGGGACAUGCAAUUAAAAUUAAAUCUGCUUCACCUUGUAUAAUUGAUAAGAUCUCUAAGCCACAAGAACUGAGUGCAGGGGAUUUAAAAGUUGAUGAUAUUUCUCAGAAUUCUUGUGUGGACUGCAGUAUAACACAGUCAGAUAAAGGCCCAGCUACUCCAUCAGAAGAAACACAGAAGAAUUCAGGCACACCCCCAAGGCCAGACUGUUUGCCUCUUGAUGAGAAAGGACAUGCAAUGUGGUCAUUUCAUGGACCUGAAAAUGCCCUACUCAUGCCUGAUUCCUCUGAAGACAAAUCCUCUGAUAUCCAUUGUCAAACUGUUAAAACUCUGAGUUUAACACCAAGCCCUACAACACAAGUUGAACCCCAUGAUCUUGUAGAUCAUCACAACAGUUCACCUCUAUUCAGAACACCCCUCAGUUUUACUAAUCCUCUUCACUCGGAUGACUCAGACUCGGAUGAAGGGAACUCUGAUGGUGCUGUUACCAAGAAUAAAACUAAUAUUUCUAUAGCAAGUGCCACAGUUUCUGCUGCCACUGGUGCUGAAAGCAUUUCUACUAGAAAAGUAUUGCCGAUGUCCAUUGCUAGACAUGAUAUAGCAGGAACCAUACAUUCAGGUGCUGAAAAAGAUGUUGAUGUUAGUGAAGAUUCUCCCCCUCCCCUACCUGAAAGAACUCCUGAAUCUUUUGUGUUAGCAAGUGAACACAAUACAUCUGUAAGAGCUGAAUGGAGUGAACUUCAAAGUCAGAAACAGUCUGAACAAAAAAAAUCUGAAGGCUUGAUAACCUCUGGAAAUGAAAAAUGUGAUCAUCCAGCAGGAGGCGUUCACACGGUGACUUAUAUAGACUGCCCACCUACUUUCAGUGACAAGAAAGAGCAAAUAUCAUUAAGUCUGACAGAAGCCACAGAUAUUGGUUUUGGUAAUCGCUGUGGAAAACCCAAAGGACCAAGAGAUCCACCUUCAGAAUGGACAUGAUUCAGGGAGUUAAAAGACACUUUAAAUUAUACUGGAAAAUUUAAGUGCCACUGAAAUCCAGAUUAGUAUUCCAUCUUAAAAAUGUGGGACUAACAGCAGUGUAGAUUGUUACCUUAAGAUUUUUUUGCUGGGAUGGUCUACCUGCCUAUACUACACUUAGGAAAAAGUAUUACAUAUGGUUUAUUUUGUAACUUCAAGUAUUACUGCCUUAAUGUCUCUUAACCCUGUUACACGCUGCUUGUAGACAUGUUAAUAUAGUAAUACUUUUAUGAUAAACUGAGUUUAAGGACUACUCUUUUGCUAAUGUUUUAUCAUGUAUGCAUUAUUUUGUAUUUGUACAGGGCAAGUAGGUAUAUAAUUUGAUAAAGUUGCAGUCAUAAAAUAUUAUUAACAGAAGAUGUAAGAAAUUUCUGCAUGGUCUAAAUUUUUGUGUACCUUAUUUGUAAAUUAUUUGCCCUGAAGUUUUAGAAAAUAGUUUCUGAAUUUAAAAAUAGCUGGAUUCAUGCAGCCAGCAUUGUAGGUUAUCAGAAAUCAAAGAUUGUAAUAAUAAUACAUUUUGUAAAUUGUAAGCAAAAGGUUAUUUUUAUAUUAUAUACUGUCUAAUUGUCCAUCCUAAUUGUCUUUGUUUUCAUCUAGUCAUGGAGAUUCAGUAAGUGCCUUGGAACAAUAUUGAAUUCUCUUAGCUUGUGUGUGUUACUUUAAUAUUUGAAGUCAACUGGGGUUAGAAGACUAUUAAAAUAUAUGUAUGUUUCAGGUUAUUUGACCUGCCAUUAAAAAAAACAGAAACAAUUUUAUAGUGCCUACCUGUUGUCUUGGGUUUUCAUUCUUCAUUUUUAGGAUAUUAGACUUAAUGUCAGUCUUCCUGCUGGCUUAGUCUUAUUUUUAAGCUACUGACAUGAGUGGGACUUAAUCUCUUAAUUAAGGAAUAGGGAGCACCUUCUUCCUUAUGGCUCUGCAAUUCUAAAUACUUUAUCGUUGAGUCAGCCUUAGGUAUUCUUAUCAUUAUUAGUGUACCAAGAUCCUAGUGGAACACCAGGCAGAGGUGAGGUUGGGAAAGAGGGACAGGUUUCUUCCCAUCCCACAUCUGGAACAUAGGUCUUAUAAAUACCAAGUAUGAAUUUUGACACCACUGAUUGAUGUUAAUGGAAUUUUACUCUAUCAAUAUUUUCCUUCUUUAUACAAACAGUGAAAAAAUUAGUUAGGAUACUAAAGUGAGUAGAAAGGGGAUGGUUGUGAAGGAGAAAACCAUACUAGAAUUUUGUAUUAAUUUUUUAAGCUAAAUAGUCUUCAUGUUGAUACCUUAGAAUUUCAAAGUUUUCUCAUAUAUUUUGAUCUUGAUAAGGAAAUGAGAAUACGGUGGACCCUUGACAUUCAAAAGACACACCCUAAUAGCAUAUCAUUUUCCUAAUAAAAUUUAAACUUAAAUAAAAAUCUAGUCCUUUCACAAAUUUGAUGAUUUGUAUAAUAUGGCACUGAAAUCAUCUUUAUAAAGAUUUUUUGGUUGGGAAUUUGUUGCUUGAAACACCUUCACUGAAGUAUAACAUGUAUUCAGAAGGGUGAAAACUAAUAUUAAUCAUCACAAAGUAUACAUAUCAUGUGGAUAUAACCACUGCCUAGAUCAAAGCAAUAAACGUUAUCAGCUCCUGAGAAACUUCCCCCUCGUGCUUCUGGGACUCCUUUGUUAUUAUAUGUGUAGUAAUCAUUUGUUCAUUUUUCAUUGCUCUAAAGUUUUGCAUUGUGUGAAUAUACCAUAAUUUGCCUGUUCUGUUAUUAAUAUAUAUUUGGUUGUUUUGGUUUUCGAAAUUACAAAGUAUGCUGUAGUGAAUAUUUCUGAAUGUGUCUUGGUGUACAUAUGUAUAUUUUCCGUUGGGUAUAUAUCAAGGCUUAGGACUUUAGUUUAUUGGGUAUGUGCAUAUAUUCAGCUUUAGUAGACACUGCCAAACCUUUUUCCAAAGUUGCAGUUCUAAUUGUUCCGUAUCCUUGUCAACCCUUGCUAUUAAUAGUAGUUCUCAUUUUAGCUAUUUUAUAUCACAGUUGUAUUGCAUUGUGAUUUGAAUAUAUAUUUUUACCUAAUGAUUAUAGUUGAACACCUUUUCAUGUGUUUCUGGACAUGUGGAGAUCCUGUUUUGUGAACUGCCUGUUCAAGUCUCAAGCAGAUAUUGUUUGGCUUAUCUGCUAAAACUGAAUGUAUACAUACCCUAUAGUCUGGCAAUUCUGUACCUGUUUUUUUAUGGGUUAUCUGACCUUUUCUUAUUGAUUUAUUGGAAUUAUUAAUAUAUUCUGCAUUUUGACCCUUGUGGGUUUGCCUAUGGUUUGCCUUUUCACUCUAUUAAUGGUGUCUUUUGAUAAAUAGGAGUUUCUAGAUUUAAUUUAGUCCCAAGUUAUCAACCACCAUUUAUUGAGAAAGCUGUCCUUUCUCCACUGUUCUAUCAGAUAUCCAUUUAUAUGUGGGUCAGUUUCUGGAUUUUUCUCUAUUCAAUUACCUAGCCUUAUGAUGAUAUUUUAAAUUCUGCCUUUUUACAGCUUUUGCUUUC